UCCGACCACACUGAUAUCUCAUCGUCGCCUAUGAACAGACAAUGUAUGAUCAGCUCAGUACAAUGCCAUCUAUUCUGGUUUAAGAGACUGCUGCUUACAAAAAUAGUCAUUGUGGAAGAGAAUACGAGGCGUACGGCGUACAGGGCGGUCGCAUUUCUAUAUUUGUUGACUAUCUACUGUAUCCGAAAGAGGCUGAAGCUCCUGUCGGCAUCGCCAACUUGUUUGCUUCGCUGACGUCACAUUGAAGCGUCUGGAAUUGAAAGACGUGUGGUGGAUGGUUUUGCACGAAACAAACAGCUUGACGAAUCGGCCGGGUUUUUUCUUGCAUGUAAUUCACAGUGAUGCGUGAACCUUAUUUCCGGCCUUUUUCCAACUCAGUGAACACAAUCAGAAGCUUUAUUUGCGGUCCAACUCGACCAGAACAGGUUGGAGGAACAUUGGGCCAUUGUUAUGAUGAUUGCAAAGGACAACUUCACUCGCUCAAAUCAGUUACAAUGACAUGGAGGAUUCGUAAAGCCUUCAACAGGCUUAUGCUGGUGGGGAUGGGGGUGCUGCUGCUUCUUCUGUCAAGAAUCACGUGGACAAGCCUCAGAACAUCACGCUCCCAUGGCAAGGGCUAUCAAACCAAGUGGCCGAGCACUGACAGAUGGAUAGUCAUGUGCGGUAAUGACCGGUUUCUAACGGAUCGUAGACACGAAGACACCUGGAAUGUUCUGGUUGUCGAAGAUGACAAUGUUACUAUAUCGGCUUGCAGCAGAAAACCAUCUUGUUACACAGUAAGCCUCGGUGAUCCCGCAGCUGAAAAAUAUGACGUCGUCAAGCUGAUUGGCAACAAUAAACUCCGGAAGAGGCUCUUGGGAUUCUUGACUGUUAUCUCUUGGGGAGCUGCAGUCAUCUAUGACCGCUGUGCCACACACAACACGGAAGAAAAUGCACGUGGCUUCUUCCUGACUCCUCUCACGGCUGGCGUUGUCUAUGCCGACAGAAAGGGUUACUUAAAUAGGCACGCUCUGUUCCAAAAUACAAGAACAAAUAGCACAAAUCGACAGCUGUUUCGAUAUUGUGCUCAAGAUAAUGUGAGACCCAUGAUUCAACAGAAGGUAAGACCCGUUUUACCCGGAAAUCCACAAACGUCAACACACCUGCAGUCACUUAAACAGGUAUACAACAGACUCCCACCUGUAUUCCUCCCUGACCACGUGUACACAGACUUAGAUGACGUCCCCACUAUAUACCAUGUGGCAGGGUUCUGGUCCAUGGGGAUGUUGUUCCUGCCGUCUAGCCUGGGGGUGGGGCAGGUUUUGUCACAGAGGCUGCUGUGGGAGGUUGGAGGAGCUGUAGGACUUAUACCAAAAUGGGACAACCACCAACACCUGUAUCGGACAAGGAACACAUCCCGAGUUAUGAAAUCACUGUUGAAAGAUGUAAUGGAUCCAUGGGACUGUGAGAUGGACAGCACAUUGUUCCAAUGUGUGAAAGAGCUGAUUUGGUACCUUCUGGACCAGAAUAUGAUGACGACUGAUGACAAAGACCUGCUCCAAGCCUGGCUGUCGGAUCUAGAAGCCACUGGCUACAGAGAACCGAAAAGGGUGAAUUUUGAAUUACAUUGUCCGAGGACAUUGACCGCUACCUCUGGGCUGAUGAGACCACCUUUGCUUUCAACAAGACUGUCUGACACCUCCAACAUAUCUGCCACGAUGACCUCUUUGUGCCCGCAACUCACGUAUUCAUCAUCACCUGCAUCGGUCAUCACAGACAUUGCUCUCAUCAUCACUUUCAACUCUGACAAAUUCUAUCACAAUCUUCCUCUUCUAGAAGCAAUUCACAGACGAUACUUUGCUCACAUCAUCUACUGCGGCCCAAGACAGGACCGAUUCAAGGCCAAGAUCAUCGAAUCCAUCGCCUCGUCGAAUAUUCUCUAUAUAGAGGGCAUUAAAGAAGGUUGGUAUCAUAUGUGGGAGUGUCUGACCUUGACCUCCAAGUUUAACCUUGACGUUAGAGGUUACCUACAGAUCGCGGACGACACUCUCUUGAACUCGUGGAAUAUCGCGGACCUACCACGUGACAGGAUAUGGAUGCCUUCUCACGGGCAUUUAGACCGACGGGAUGCGGAGAACGUACAAGAUGGAUGGGUUUGGUGGAAGCAUGAAUUCGGUCAGAAGGCUGUUAAUCGUGCUAUGGACACGGUGGUCAGGAUACACAACAACGAACCGGGAAAUAACCACGUGAGCAAAUUCGUGAAAACGUAUACUGUCAACUCUGGGGAUAUGAGUCAUGUGUAUCAUAGUUCGUGUGACGUCAUGUAUAUUCCGUCCAAGAUGGCCGACCAGUUCCGGUAUUUGGCAGCCAUUUUCCGUAAGGAGAGAGUAAAUGUGGAGCUGACAUUUCCAACUCUAGCGCAUGGUCUUGCGCAUAGUGCUGACAUCUAUAUGAUUCAGGGGGAAAUACUCUGGGUCCAGUUUCCUCCAAGUUGGACUUCAGCUCUUGUCUGUGGGAGUGCUGGGAUGUUCUUCCGCCUGUGUCGGUACAAGGCACUGCUCAUGGAUGGGAACGAUGGCAGCAGCUGUGGCUGGUCUUCUGUAGCUACCUCAUCGUUGUACAGGGUACGCAUCGACGUGGUUUCUUCUCUGGCCCUCUUCCUCAUGGUACUGAUGAAUCUUACUCUACUGCUGUCUUCAGGUGGAUGA